CCCCGGAAGUUUUGAAUCUGAAAGUUGCUGUCCCGUGGAGCUAAUUUGUUUUCAUUUUUGAUUUUUCCAACUGUUUAUUCUUAAAACUAAUUUGUUCCGAUAAGUCCUAAAGAAUCGGACUUCAAAACCUUCCGCUGUCUUCCGGCUGAGUGAGCGGGCCGCCGCUCUCGGUCCCGCCCGGAGCAGAGCCUCAUGUCCGGCUUCGGCCUGGUCCCGGUGGACGGCGGGGAUCUGGUCCCGCUGCCGCCGGGUGAGACGGUGCUGGGUCGGGGACCCUUCCUCGGGAUCAGUGACCGCAGAGUCUCCCGCCGCCACGGUCUGCUGGACAACCUGGACGGACAGCUGCGGCUCAAACCGCAGACCCACGUCAACCCGUGUUUCCUCCUGUCGUCCCCGAACGAUGACCCCCGACCCCUGGAGAGGGACUCCUGGCACCGGCUUCACCCUGGAGACCAGUUCUCUCUGCUGCCGGGUCGCUUCAUCUACAGGGUGGCGACUGCCGGCGCGGAGAGGAGUGCGUCCAGCUCUGACUGCAGGAACAGUCAAAACUUUGAGGAAGACGACGGAGCUCUUCCUUUUCCUGCCGGGUCUGAUGCGGCGGCUCCUCUGGAGGUCAGGCCGGGUCAGGAACAGACUUCCUGUCCAGACAGGAACCGGCACAGCAGCGAUUUCAGGCAGGAAGUCUGGGCUCCAUGUCUGGACAGCGUUCAGAGCGACGAGGCUCCGCCCCCUCCCAGGAGGCGGGUCUUACCUGCCUGGAUGAUGGCGGCUUCCAAAGGGGUGAAGAGAAGUAAACCUGCUGCCACUCAGGCUCCGCCCACUCUAUCCUCCCCACCUGAGGGGGCGGAGCUCCGCCAGGAAGAGGCCCAGAGGCCGAGGAAGAAGAGCGGGGCGAUCAGCAGCGAGGAAGAAAUCCUCCCAACGCAAACCGAUGACCUCUGGGAUGAGUCGAGGUCCAGAGGUCACAUUGGACCCAGCAGGUCAGAGGUCAGCUCUGCGCCGUCACAGAGCGCAGCAGCUGAGCAAUUGGAGCAGAAGGAGAAGAAGAACCGGUCUGGAGUCAGAACCGCUUGUCCCUAUGGGAAAGACUGCUACAGGAAGAACCCGCUUCACUUCCAGGAGAGCAGUCACCCUGGAGACGCCGACUACGAGGAGCAGGAGGAGGAGCAGGAGGAGCGACCAGAGUGUCCGUACAGCACCGCCUGCUACAGGAAGAAUCCUCUCCAUCGGAAGCAGUUCAGACACACAGAGAUACCAGCCCCCCGCUCUGCCGCCCCCCAUUUCGCCGCCCUGAGGCCCCAUGAUGACCUUGACCUUGACGACGACAUCUUCAUCAGCGAGGACUCGGGUGACGACUCUGACUACGAGCCUUAGGACGACCUGCAGCGGCAGAGGGAGGAGAAGGCCUUCCUGAGGAAGAGGAGCAAGUAGAGGAGGAAGAUCGGGUCACAUGACUGGUCAGGCUGAAACUCUGAUCAACAGCCUGUCGACAGGAAACACUAAAGGAGGAGGGUUUUCAAAUUAAAAGCUUUAGGUGUGGAGCCAGCAGCAGCUGGAAGCAGAAAAGGGAAACAUUUCUGCUUUUUGUUCUGCAGUUUUAUUGCUGAUGCUUUUAUUGUGAAAAUAUCAGCAAAUGUGAAACAAAAAUCAAUUUCUUAUUUUUAAACGGUUUCUUCUUCACUCCACUUUUUUAAAAAGUAAAUGCCAAUGGAUCUGCUUUUAAUUUGAAAAGCAAUUUAUUUCAAGAAGGCACAGCGGAGGCUGUGUGACGUAAUAAUCACUAGAAAUUUAGUUUAACAUGACUUUUAUUAUGAAAGGUCAGAGUUGAACAAAAUAAACAUUUUCUGACUUCUUUUAGCCUCUAUUUAUUUUAUUUCACAGUGAAAGUCUUGCCAGAUUUGAUAGGCUUUUAAUGUGAAAAGUUCCUAAAAGUUAUAAGUUGGAUGAAACAUAAACUGGACUUCUGUCAUCUUAGAUUUUAUCUUAAUAAAUCUGGAUUUCACUCA